GGAAAGGUCGGCGCCGCCGCCCGCCACUUCCCCUUCCGGCCGUGCCGGGGCUCCUGUCAACAUGGCUGCGGCGGCCGCCGGGCAGCGGCGGUGCCUUCUCUGGGCGGCAGUGUUUGCGCAUGUGGUGGCGUCAAGUGCGGGUUUUGUGGAGGAUCUAGACGAGUCGUUUAAAGAAAACCGUAAAGAUGAUAUUUGGCUUGUAGAUUUUUACGCACCUUGGUGUGGCCACUGCAAGAAACUGGAGCCUGUGUGGAAUGAAGUGGGUAUGGAAAUGAAAAACAUGGGCUCUCCUGUAAAAGUUGGGAAGAUGGAUGCAACUUCCUUUUCUAGUAUUGCAUCUGAAUUUGGAGUGCGCGGCUAUCCAACAAUUAAGCUCUUAAAAGGUGACUUGGCGUACAACUACAGAGGACCUAGAACCAAAGAUGAUAUAAUUGAAUUUGCUAAUAGAGUGGCAGGACCUCUUAUCAGGCCACUUCCUAGCCAGCAUAUGUUUGAGCAUGUGCAAAAGAGGCAUCGUGUACUUUUUGUCUAUGUUGGCGGUGAAUCUCCUUUAAAGGAAAAAUACAUUGAAGUUGCUUCAGAACUAAUAGUUUAUACCUACUUUUUUUCUGCCUCAGAAGAUGUGCUGCCUGAGUAUGUGACAUUGCCUGAAUUGCCUGCUGUUGCAGUCUUCAAAGAUGGAACUUACUUUGUUUAUGAUGAGUAUGAAGAUGGUGAUUUGUCAUCCUGGAUAAAUAGAGAAAGGUUUCAAGGUUAUCUUAAUGUAGAUGGCUUUACACUGUAUGAACUUGGAGAUACAGGAAAACUUGUGGCUAUUGCAGUCAUUGAUGAUAAAAACUCUUCAGUGGAACAUACCAGACUAAAAUCUAUUAUUCAGGAAGUUGCUAGAGAUUAUCGGGAUCACUUUCACAGGGAUUUCCAGUUUGGCCAUAUGGAUGGAAACGAUUACAUUAAUAGUUUACUAAUGGAUGACUUGACAAUCCCUACUAUUGUUGUAUUGAAUACCUCCAAUCAGCAGUACUUUCUACCAGAUAGGCACAUUGAGAACACAGAAGACAUGGUUCAGUUUAUUAACAAUAUCUUGGAUGGUACAGCUGAAGCACAGGGUGGUGAUGGACUUCUGCAACGAAUCAAGAGAAUAAUCUAUGAUGCCAAGUCUACUGUAGUGUCUGUGUUCAAGAGUUCACCACUUCUGGGAUGCUUUCUCUUUGGGUUGCCUCUGGGGGUCAUCAGCAUUAUGUGUUAUGGAAUCUGCACAGCUGAUACAGAUGGAGGGGUAGAUGAACAUGAGGCAGCUAAAAAGGAAAAUGGUGAUCGGGAGCUCACAGACGAAGGCAGUGAGGAAGAGCAAGAGGAGGAAAAGAACGGAAAAUAUGCAGAACUUUCAGAUGGAGAAUUUAAACAGAAAGACAUAAUGGAAAAGAAAAAAGACUAACUUGUUCAGCAAAAGAAUUAUCUAGAAUUUCCAAAUAGACUUAUUUAUUGAAGGUAGUCAUUUAUUGAUGAUCUUCAUGAAAGAGGACCUUUUUGUCUGCGUUAUGGUAGUUUUGAUUUGCAUGUAUUCAAAUCUUCUCAGAAAUUGACAGAAAAAAAUUAUGGAUGUUCUCUUAAUUGUCUUUAAUAGAUCAACAAAGAGCAAUUUAAACUGAAGAAAUUUGCAGGUCCAAUUCUACACUGUUUUUUUUAAGAGUUUUGAAUUCUUUGUUUUCAGAAUAGGGAGAUAAAGAUAAUGUUACUUGACCUGGGUGUAUGUGAUGAACUACUACUAUUAUAGACCAGCUAAACUCUCAUUCAUAUAAAAUUAAGGCUGAAAACUAAGAAAGAUUAGGAGAUCCGAAAGUCUUUCAGAGCCUGAUAGCUAAAGACAACUUAGAGUUUUCCAAGAGUCACGUGUUUUACCUGUUGCACAUUAUUUUGGGCAAAAAAAACCAAACAAACUUUUCUAUUUUCUCAAGUUAAAUGUAAAUUGCAAGGAAUUGGAGGACUGUUUUACCGUGUAAUAAUAUAAUUAUUUGCAGUCAAGAAUGUUUACUUGAUCCAGGAUGUGGGUGUUAUAUGCUAAAUUAAGUCUUUGUUAGCACUUUAGCAGCUAAAAAUAUUGGAAAACUACAUUAUAAACCUUUUAGAACAUAAUUGCCUGGUAAAUUGUUUUGUAUGAGUGCUUACAUGAACUUACAGUGCAAAUGAUCUUUAAGUUUUCUGAAUCCACAGUGCAACUUGAUGAAGACAGACAUAAACAGUCAGAGGGUGUUCAUAUUUUGCAUAACUCUCUAAUGACAAGCUUUUUGAAUGAUGUAAAAGUUUUACAGUGUUUAGUUAAGAAUGUUGUAUAUUUUUGAGGUAGUUGGUGUUGAUGCUUUUGUUUGAGACUGUUACCUACUCUGAAGGAGGGAGUUAAUGGAGCAUAAUAUUAACAUUCAUAGAGAUUGGUAAAUAUCAUGCAUUUUUGUUACCUGUUUAAUCAUAAAAGUCACUUUUAAUACAACCCCGUGACUGAAAAGGACUAAUUUGUGUCCAGGGUUAAAAUCGCCAAGGAUAAGCUAUAAAGCAGCCUUUGGCGUUGAUGUCAUGGAGAGUACCACAGAAACUAAACUUACUUUGUUCUUCCUCUUAGUAUUCGUGCCGGGUUUUAUGUGGGUUUUUUUUGUUUUGUUUUGUUUGUUUUGUGCUUUUGGUUUUUUUUUGGGGGGUGAGGGGUGUUUGGGGUUUUUUUUAAGGCUCUAUGACUGUAUAAUACAUAUUAUAAUGUCCUCCUUAUAAGGCAGCUUGAUCAUAUAAACUACGAUGCUAGAGCACUAAAUUAAGGAAUUUUAAAUAAAAGAUGUGGGUAAGCUUAAAUAGACAAGUUCUGUGUUUGAGUAAACCUGAUGAUGAUAUAAAUCAUAACCAGGGAAAAUGUAUUGCAUCCUUUUUCCUUGUAGGAAAGAAACUUGUUUAUUGUUCUUUAGGUAGCUUGGUAACAGCUGGCUUCAUGUUGCAGUGCAGAAUACAGUAAGUAGGUGCCUGACUUCAAAGAUUUUUGUUAUUAAACAGUAUAAAUGACAGCUAAGGAGAUCAGGAAGUUUUUUUCAGAAAAAUUCCAUGUCUGAUUUUGAGUCCAACCUUUUUCCCUUUCCAGGAGGAGGGGAGAAAAAUGAGUUAAUAGAAUACUGAGUAGAAGGUGUCUGAUACGGUUCCCCCCCCCUUUUUUUUGGCCUUUUUUCAUUUUUUUUGUCAUUACAGCUAGUCGUACAUUGUGAGUUUUCUUGCUUUAUUUCUUUUUUUUUUUUCUUUGGCAGAAUCUUUGAGGUGUAAUUAUACCAUAUAUUUGAAGAGUAAGCUGCUUAAAAAUGUGUUUAGAAACUGUGUUUUAACAUGGUGUAGAGCUUUUGAGUUUUGGGUUUUUUUGUUUUGGGGUUUUUUGGUUCAUUUUUUUUUAAAUCACUUAAUGACAGGCCUGUAAAUUUCUUUGGACUUUAGCACAAUUCAGUGCUGAUAGUGAAAAUGUAGGCCUAUUAAGGCAGCAAUAUGUUUUCUUGAUUUGUCUCUUCUCUUAAGAUUUCAAAUACAUAUCAGUUACAUGUUUAAUUUUAGCUCAGGCUGGAAACCUGCAGCUUUUGACUUAAAAAAAAUGAAGUGGUCACGGGAACACUGCUGUUCCUUCUAUGGUGUGUAAUAAAAAUAAUUCUGAAUUCUACUGUACUGCUAAGAACUGUUUCAACUGAGCCUUCAUUUUUGGUGGUUAUUUUUGUUUAUAAUCACUAGUAGCCAAAUAAGUUGCUGAGAAAUCUUCCGAGAUAUGGACGUGAAUAUGAUAAAUGCUGUGUAAGAAACAGGUCGCACAGGGAUCUGUUGUUAAAACAGUAAUGCAACUGCUAGAGUUAGGAAAACGUGUCCCAGUCACUUCUGAACUGUAAUAUCAAUCAGAUGUGUACUGAACUGUUGAAAAUUAGACUUGAAAAGUACUGCUAUUUUCACCAAAUCCUUCUCCCAGCCAUAUUCAACAAGACACAGGGAGAAGAAAAGCAUACAAGUCAUAUACUGGCUGUCAGAAGUGAUGUGAAAUUAAGGGUUUUGCUGUGGUCAUGCAAGUAAUCUAGAUGCUGUCUGAGGGGGGAUCUGGCAUUUUAGUUUUUUUCUUUAGUCUCUAAAUUUCUUAAAGCAACUUCACAGUAAUAACUUUGAAUUCACGAAAAAAUGCUGCUUUUUUAAGUCAAGUGUAAGCCUUUUGUUUUUCUGUAAUAAAACCAUUUAAAAGA